AAAAAGGGGGAAAUCGAAACAGUCGGGAAAGUCUGAAACAUUCUACUCGAGUGUAAAAUUUGGUUAGUAGGCUCAACUUUUUUAAUAAAAUAUUUUUCACAUUUUCGUGUGAAGGCUUCGUGAGAAGUCGAAAAGCUAAUUCAAAAUGCCAAGAAAAUAUAAGCCCAACCUGAAAAAUAAAAUAUACCGUAGGGCAGAUCCCGAAAACAUGUCUAAGGCCAUUCAUGCUAUUGAGAGUAAAUCAUUGUCUAUACGGAAAGCCGCUGCGAAAUACAAUAUCAAUUAUUCAGCUGUUUUCCGGCGUCUCAAAAGACUUCCGGGGUCAAUUAAAGCUCAUGGUGGCCAACCUGCAUUAAAUGCUAACGAAGAAUCGUUUAUUGUGCACAGAAUCCAAAUUUGUGCAGACUGGGGGUAUCCGUUGGACGCAUUUACACUGAGAAUGCUGGUCAAACAAUAUCUGGAUGAAUUAGGGAAGGUCAUUAAAAGAUUCAAAAAUAACGUUCCUGGGCGAGACUGGGCCUAUUCGUUUUUACAUCGCCAUAAAAAGGAAAUAUCGGAAAGACUAUGUCAAAAUAUCAAACGAAGUCGGGCAGCUGUGUCCCCAGAAGUUAUAACCGAUUAUUUCAAGCUCUUGGAGAACGAAUUGAAGGACGUUCCACCUCAAAAUAUUUUAAACUACGACGAAACCAAUCUGCGAGACGAUCCUGGGAAGAAGAAAGUUAUUGUACGAAGAGGUUGCAAGUACCCAGAAAGAGUCAUGAAUAGCAGCAAGUCUUCAACUUCGAUUAUGUUCAGUGCCGCUGGAGACGGUACAAUAUUGCCGCCUUACGUUGUGUAUAAAGCUGUUCAUUUGUACGGCUCGUGGACACAAAACGGACCGAAGUAUACCCGUUAUAAUAGAACCAAAAGUGGUUGGUUUGAUAGUCAGUGUUUUGAAGAUUGGGUACGCACCAUAGCCAUUCCUUACCUUAAAAAGCUUACCGGAAAGAAAGUUCUGAUUGGGGACAAUCUUGCUUCGCACGUAUCAAUGGAAUUAAUUCGUUUAUGUCUGGAACACGAUAUUCACUUCAUAUACUUGCCAGCAAAUUCUACUCAUCUAACACAACCAUUAGAUGUUGCGUUUUUUGCACCACUGAAGCGAUACUGGCGUCAAAUACUCGAGCAAUGGAAACUUAAAGCUGGAAGGAACAUGUCCUGUGUGCCAAAGGACAAAUUUCCGCGUUUGCUGAACAAUUUAAUGAAAAAAAUUGAGGUGAAUGGUUCGAACAACAUUAAGUCAGGAUUCAGAAAAUGUGGAAUCAUUCCAAUUGAUAAAGACGAAGUCUUGAAAAUGUUUCCCGUCGAGUCAAACAAUUCCGACAAUCAACCAACUCAAGAAAUCGAAGCACUUGACAAAGCUUUCGUGAAUUUGUUGAAAUCGAUGCGCUAUGAAGAAACCGGUAAACCGCAGAAAAAAUCAAAGCUAAAAAUUGCGGCUGGAAAAAGUGCUGCAGUGGAAAAUUUUGAUUCCGACUCCGGCUCUGAUAACGAAUUCAACGAAACCGAUCAAGAAUUCAACGAAACUGAACGUGAAUCAGACUUUGAAGAGAACGAAGACAUUGAAAUCAAAGUAUUGCCAACGGAGGGCAACAACAAAUCAAUCUCUGCGUCGAUAUCAGAUGAGUCGCCCGACCAAUUUCUACAAGCCAAAGCUUGGAUUGGAUAA